AUGGAGCCAAUUCCAAAACUUCUAGCUGGACUUAUUCUGUUGACAUUGUGUGUGGUGAGCUGCUCCAGCCAGCACUGGUCCUAUGGAUUGCGCCCUGGAGGAAAAAGAAAUGCAGGAAAUUUGAUUGACUUAUUUCAAGAGAGAGCCAAAGAGGUUGAUCAGCUAGCAGAACCUCAACACUUGGAAUGCACCCUUCACCAGCCACCUUCUGCCCUCAGGGAGCUGAAAGGAGCGCUGGAAAGUCUGAUUGAAGAGGAAACUGGACAGAAGAAGAUUUAA